AUGGCUACUCUAAUCAUAUCCUGGUAUAAAAACAGCGAGCCAACAUGUUGUUUAAAGGUUUACGUGACGGACCCAAACCGACACCACGAGCGAGAGCUGGAUAUCUACAAGCACAUGAAUUCGGUCGAAACCAGACACCCAGGCACAAAUUUCAUUCGCAAACUUCUCGACCAUUUUGAUAUCCAGGGCCCUCAUGGUCAACAUGUCUGUCUUGUUCACGAGCCUCUCGGAACGAGUGCAGAUUUUCUGGUUAAGAUGGCAAGAACCCAGAUGGCAUAUUUGAUGACCGGGUCCAUAUGGCGGAAUUGUUCUGCCUUUUGGGAUAAGUCCGGCAACUGGAAGGGAGUGCCCCCGAUUCCUGACAUUACUCUCGAGAGUCUAACCGAGAAGGUGCAAAGGGAAGAUAACGAAGGGGUUUUGCGGUGGCUUCGGAUGGCCUUGCAGUGGAACCUCGAGGACCGGCCGACGGCUUUGGAACUUUUGUACGAUGAGUGGCUGAUGAAGGAACUAGGGGAAUGA